AUGGCUCAGACCGUGGGCAUCGCCAUGUGCCAGGCCAUGAUAGAGUACGACCAGGGCAACUACGACCAGGCCAUGGAGCUGCUGUACCCCCUGCGCUACCGCAUAGUGGACAUAGGGGGCAGCGAUGCACAGAGAGACCUCUUCAAUCAACUGCUCAUUCACACGGCUCUGAAAUCGGACAAUAAGCGGCACCAGAAACUUGGAAGGUGUCUUCUGGUGGAGAGAGACUCGCUGAGGCUGGACUCCCCCAUGACCCAGAGACUUCAGCAGACCGCCAUGGCCCUCCACCUCUGA